AUCCGCCUGACCCGCUACUGUUUACAAAUCAGCAGACAGUCCGACACAGCAGAAUGAGGAGUCCUGCGUGAUCUGAACAGAGUCAUCCUUUUCUUCUGAGUCUUGGCUGAGGAGAAUCACGAGGCUGUGAGAGUCCGGCUGGGCCGCGGUCAUGCAGCACCCCAAUUUUGAGACCCGCCACCCGCUCCAGACAGAGGAGCAGCAGGAGACGGGCUUCGACCCGCUCAAUAAUUUCAACAAGAACCGCAGCAGAGGAUCUCUUGACAGCAGCACUUACUCACAGUCCCAGUCAACCUUCCUCUCAUACAGGAAAGAAUGGGACGACUUGUUCCUCAACAGUAAUUACCUGGCCAGGAUCCGGCAGGCAGGCAUCAAUGGUCGACUGAGGAGCAGCCGCUUUCGGAGCGUAUGCUGGAAGCUGUACCUGGAUGUUCUUCCUGAAGACAAGAGUCAGUGGAUCAACAAGACCAAGGAGCUCCGGGCGCAGUAUGAGAAGAUCAAAGAGACGCACAUCACUAACCCUCGCAAGGCUGCAGGCCAGCAGGACCUGGUGGUCAACAACCCGCUGUCCCAGGAUGAGGGGAGCCUGUGGAACAAGUUCUUCCAAGAUAAAGAGCUGAAGGGGAUGAUCAAACAGGAUGUGUUGAGAACGUUCCCCGAGAUUCGUUACUUCCAGGAUGACGACGUGAGGACCAAGCUGACUGACAUUCUCUUCUGUUAUGCCAGAGAAAAUGAGCAGUUGCUGUAUAAACAGGGGAUGCACGAGUUGCUGGCUCCCAUAGUGUUUGUGCUGCACUGUGACCAUCAAGCCUUCCAGCAUGCCAGCGAGACGGCCAGCCCCAGGUCAGGUAAGGAAGAGAUGCUGACCAGCAUCCCAUUCGCACGGCCCCAGGAUGCUGGGCCAUCUGUUGCCAUAGUGACCAAAGUCAACCGCAUCCAGGACCAGCUGGUGAAGAAGCACGACGUUGAGCUGCACAUGCACGUCAACCGGCUGGAGAUCGCGCCGCAAAUCUACGGCAUCCGGUGGGUACGUCUGCUGUUUGGCCGCGAGUUCCCGCUCCAGGACCUGCUGGUGGUGUGGGACGCCCUGUUUGCCGACAGCAUCACUCUGGACCUGGUGGACUACGUCUUCGUGGCCAUGCUGCUCUACAUCCGAGACGCUCUCAUUGCUAGUAACUUCCAGACCUGCCUGGGCCUGUUAAUGCACUACCCCCCAUUAGGAGACAUCAACUCCCUGCUGCAAAAGGCUCUUUUCCUCCGAGAUCCCAAAAACUAUCCACGACCUGUCAACUACCAGUUCCAGCAGAACCUGGAUUACUACAAAACAAGGGGAGCUGACCUGAUGAACAAGACACGCUCUGGUUCCAGUACAAAAGCGGCCCCCCUCAACAUCAACAAGGUCUCCAGCAGCCUGCUGAACUUCGGCAGAAAGCUCAUUGCUCCGGCAAUAUCGAGCGGCUCCGGUAUCUCGCCCAUCAACAGCGAGGUACACUCCUCCUCUUCGUCUUCCUCUUCAACGUCCCCCGCGUCGGCGCCUGCACCCGCCCUACCUCACCCACUGGCUGAGCCCCUGUCAGGCCCCGUGGCCCCGCCGCAGCAGCAGCAGCCCCAGAUCCAUGCCCAGAAUCAGCACUACCGCCUGCUGAAGUCGGAGAGCAUGCCUGUCCACCUCAGCAAAGAUGUAGUUUCAGGUGGAGUGUCUCAGGUCUCUCCCCCAGCUCAGACUCACACUGACACACAAGGCCAAAGCUCCAGGACGGUCAGCUCCUCUCCCAGCAUAGAAAGCCUCUCAGGUGGGCGGGCUCAGUCCACUGCCUCCCCGCCUCUCCCCCCCUCCAGAGGGAGUGAUGUCAGCACUUCAUCUCCACCCCUCUCCGCCACCAAGAAAGACUCUUUCUUCAACAUCACUCGCUCUCGCUCCCACAGCAAGACCAUGGGCAAGAAAGAGUCGGAGGAGGACCUGGAAGCCCAGGUAUCUUUCCUGCAGGGCCAGAUCAACGACCUGGAGGCCAUGAGCAAAUACUGUGCCAAGAUGAUGAACACUCACAUCUGUAAAAUUCAGGAAGUUAUUCUCCAAGAACACCUGGAAAAAGAGGAUGAGGUUCUUGUGUCACUGGCUGGACUCAAACAGAUCAAAGACAUCCUUAAGGGGGCGCUGAGAUUCAACCAAAGCCAGCUGGAGGCCGAGGAGAACGAGGAGAUCUCCAUUGCUGAUGAUCAUUACACCUCCACAGCCGCCGCCGCUGAAACUGCUUUGAGUGCCACCAAUCACUACAGUGACCAACAACAACAAGGACACAGCAGGCAGAGCCGAGACUCUGAUCUGGAAGGAAGCGUGAGCAUGGAUGAGAAGGAAGAGGAGGAGCAGGCGAUGACCCCACCUGAACAACAGGUGGCGUCUUCCCUCGGCUCCGAGGGUAAAAACUGGGACGACUACAUCCUCGUGUGCCAGGAUGGAGACCUGCCGGCCGCUGAGGGAGGAGUAGGAGGAGGAGUAGGAGGAGGGAGGGCUGCAGUGGAGCGCACCCCUCCCAUCAGGCGAGGGCGCGGAUUGGUGCGUAUGGAGCCUGAGGGUGCGGCUGGGACCUUCCAUGACCCCCUGAUGGCCGGCACCACCUCGGGCUCUUCCAGCCCAGACGAGGGCUCCACCCACAGCAAGGACUCUGACUUCACCAUCGUGAACCCGAACGACCUGUGAACGAGCCAACCCGCCGCUCCUUCUGCUCCCCUCAUCCCUGUGUCGAGUCCCGUUCAGAGGAUGCCGUUUUAAAAAAAAAAACUGACUUGGGAUCAGAAGGUGGAAUCUGCAGUUUUCGGUGGAGCUGCUGUCGGCUAAAAAAAAAAUUGCACAUGUGGACUGUGACACUUCCAGUCACAAAUACCUUAUACUCUGUCUCUUUACCUGUCAUCUGUGCCACUUCAGUCCUGUCUAAGCUGAUGCUGUAUGCUAUCUCAUUUACCUAAUGCCUGUGUCCUCAUUAUGUUGAGUCCUGUCACUCAUGAUAUAUAAUUGUAGCACCCUGAUCUGCACAGAGAGGGCACCAUUGAACUGCUAACCCUGUCACUACAUGAUUACUCUCAAAAGUUGGACCUCAAACUGUAAUUUCUUCACAGGAGAGGACUCUUUCCUCUCACAUUCGAGCUUACUGUAACGAUCAGGAGUGUGAUACUCUGAUUCUACUGAAUGUGGAGAUCUGGCCAUACCUCUGCUUGUGUUGCGUCUGUUAUGUCUGCGUCCUCACAGAAGAAGCUCUCCUCUCCGAUACUCAAAAGGAAAGAAGGAUGAUGUCCUCUUUCCAGUUAUCGAGGGCAGCUUUCUCCCCCUCCUAAACCAGUGCCUCUGACCGUUAUUCUUCUCUCAACCAAACAAAACCUGACUCUGUGAUCUUAUUCCUUUUUGUUAGCUUUCUUUUUUUUAAUUUUUAAGAAAACAUUUUUAACCCUUAGUUUAGUUUUCUGGAUAAAAAUGAUUAAAUUAUGGACUAAGUCUUUAUUUCUUCCCUCCCCCAUUUUUUGUUUUUUAAUUCCACUGUGGACAUUUUAAUGUGGUAAUUGACCGUUUUCAUUUCUGACAUUACAACUAAGUUGUUCUCGUGUCCUGUGAAACCAUGUAAAGCAGCGCACACAAAGAAUGUCCCUCUAGCUGCCCAUUCAGCAUAAUUAACUCAAGACCAAUAAAACUACAUUGCUCUUGCUACACACUAAA